GCAAUGUAAAACUCGUAGACAAUGCGCUGCCAUUACCUCCACCGCUAGCCCUCCCACUGAACCCAUACUAAUACACAGCAAUACACCACUCACUCACUCACAGACUACAGUACACUAGUGUAGGGGCUGUUGCCGCACACACGCGCCCACCCACUACACUGACCGCCAUUUUUCUCGUGUCAUUCACUUCACAGUCAACACACAAACAGUCGGAUUGUUUUGAAACACCAAAAGCACAUCACAUUCACCACAAGACUAUCACAAACAGCUGAUCCCAUGGCGCGUACCAAACAGACCGCUCGCAAGUCGACGGGAGGCAAAGCCCCCCGCAAACAGUUGGCCACCAAAGCCGCGCGCAAGUCGGCGCCGUCGACGGGAGGCGUGAAGAAGCCUCAUCGCUACAGACCGGGAACGGUAGCCCUCCGGGAGAUACGUCGGUACCAGAAGUCGACGGAACUGCUCAUCCGAAAGCUGCCGUUCCAGCGGUUGGUCCGCGAGAUCGCGCAGGACUUCAAGACCGACCUCCGCUUCCAGUCGGCCGCCAUCGGAGCCCUACAGGAGGCGUCGGAGGCCUACUUAGUGGGACUCUUCGAGGACACCAAUCUGUGCGCCAUUCACGCCAAGCGCGUCACUAUUAUGCCGAAAGACAUCCAAUUGGCGCGUCGUAUCCGCGGUGAGAGGGCUUAACCGGACGGCACCGGUAGAUCGACAGGUCAUCCGUUUUCGCAGUGUAUACCACAACAACAACAACCCAUACACCACUACCAGUCGUCGCCAAAACACACCUGUAUUUUGUCGUCACAUCUCUCUUAAUAUUAAUUAUUAUUAUAUAUCAAUCAAAACAUACAUUUCUUGGACACACACACAGACGGACAUACACUACACACACGCAUACAUACCCUUUAUCUCUAUAUUACAAACAUUUAAUACCCUUUACUUUAUUAAACAGAAAUUUAAAACUACUUUUUAAUUAAUUAUUAUUAUUAAUACACUGAAUAUAUACAUACAUUUGAGACGUAAGAAAAUCUAAAUAAUAACGCGAUUGUAAUGUCUAUUAUAUAUACAUACCAUUAAUAUUAUUAUAUUAUAUACAUAAAUGUGUAUUCAAUACAUGAUUUCUUAACAAUUAGUGUACUUUUUAUUUUUAUUUUACCUCUUAUUUUCUCCCUGAGUAUUGAUAUUAAUUGUACGGAGUUUUUAAUGAUUAAUGAAAUUUGAAUUGAAUUAUAAUAUUCACACAAAUAGACUGCCAUUUGACUGAAUAAUAAUAUUUGUUUUAUUUUUGAUUAGAGUCUGAGAAUCAGUUUUCGGACAAAACUUUUUGAAAGUUUUGUUUUCGGGACUGAUUUUUACGGUGUAUUUGUUUUAUUGUAUUGUAUUUUAUGUUUUUAAUUAUUAUUUAAUGUGUAUAUCAAUAGGUUUUUUGUUUUGAAUAUGUAUUAAUUGAUUGUAUGUUUGUGUUUAUAGUUUUUUGAAUACUUUCUCAGUCUCUCUCUCUCUCUCUCCGUC